AUGGAUUCCGUUGUUGUUGUUCUGUUUAUGCUACUCAACAGUUUGGUGAUGUUUAGCAAUGGUGGCAUAACAAGUAAGUAUGUCAGGAAGUUCGAAGGAACCCCUGAUAUGCCUCUUGAUAGUGAUGUCUUUCAAGUUCCUUGUGGAUAUAAUGCUCCUCAACAGGUGCAUAUAACACAAGGAGACGUGGAAGGGAAGGCAGUGAUAGUGUCUUGGGUGACACAAGAAGCAACCGGAUCAAACACUGUCCUUUACUGGAGAGAGAACAGCUGCAAAAAGCUUCAAGCCCAUGGAAAAUCCAAGACGUACAAGUUCUACAACUAUACGUCUGGUCACAUCCAUCAUUGCUUCAUCAGAAACUUGGAGUAUGACACCAAGUACCACUAUGUGGUAGGUGUGGGACAAACGGAGCGCCAGUUCUGGUUCUUCACUCCUCCUGAGAUUGGUCCAGACGUGCCUUACACGUUUGGUCUUAUUGGGGAUCUUGGGCAGACUUUUGACUCAAAUCUAACCUUGACGCAUUAUGAGAAUAACCCCACAAAAGGACAAACACUUUUGUAUGUUGGGGAUCUCUCAUAUGCUGAUACUUACCCAAACCACGACAAUACGAGAUGGGACAGCUGGGGAAGAUUUGUAGAAAGAAGCACAGCUUAUCAGCCAUGGAUUUGGACUGCAGGAAACCAUGAACUCGAUUUUGCCCCCAAGCUUGGUGAAGCAAAACCGUUUAAGCCAUUCACACGUAGGUACCGUACUCCUCACAAAGCAUCAGGAAGUACAGAAUCAUUCUGGUACUCGAUAAAAAGAGGACCGGCGUACAUAAUCGUGCUAGCUUCAUAUUCAGCAUACGGAAAAUACACGCCACAAUACACAUGGCUUGAAGAGGAGUUCCCAAAGGUUAACAGGACAGAAACUCCAUGGUUGAUCGUUCUGAUGCAUUCACCGUGGUACAACAGCUACGAUUACCAUUACAUGGAAGGCGAAACAAUGAGAGUCAUGUAUGAGCCGUGGUUUGUCAAGAACAAAGUAGAUGUUGUUUUUGCUGGCCACGUUCACGCCUACGAAAGAUCGGAACGUAUAUCAAACAUAGCUUACAAUGUGGUUAACGGCCUUUGCUCUCCGGUCAAAGAUCAAUCUGCUCCGGUUUACAUCACCAUUGGUGAUGGAGGAAAUCUUGAAGGAUUGGCUACCAAUAUGACUGAGCCUCAGCCUAAGUACUCUGCCUUCAGAGAAGCGAGCUUCGGGCAUGCGAUAUUCUCGAUCAAGAACAGGACGCAUGCGUACUAUGGAUGGCACAGGAACCAGGAUGGUUACGCCGUGAAGGGUGACAGCAUGUGGUUCCAUAAUAGAGUAUGGCAUCCCAUUGAUAAGUCUUCCUCUUCUGGUUCUUGA